CGUUGCCAUUCUUGUCACCACCUUUCAACCUCUCCCCACCACAACCUCCACCUGGCUUAUUCACUGCACAAUCGACAUUCGUCGCUAUUGUUCCGAACAAAUCUGUCUUCUUUGUCUCUCUCUCUUUCCCUCUUCCUCUCUUUCUUCCCCACCCUCUCAAGUACCUUUCUACUUCGAGGCUUUGCUAACCUAUCUUGCUUCCAUAUAGCUGACGAAGUUGAUACCUACCGCCCACGUGAGAGAUCCCGUUCGCCUCGCCGUGGUCGAUCCAGAAGCCCGGGUCGUUCAGUUCGCCGUCGCUCGUACUCUCCCCGCAGCCGGUCUAGAAGCCGCGACGACUACCGUAGGAACGAUCGCAGAUCUCGUACACCUAUGAACGGAGGAGGCGUCGGCGCAGGUGGUGGCUCGGGAGCUGGCUCUGCCUACGGAGGAGCCCCACAGAGAUCGUUCGAGGAACGCGCCGCUGCGAAAGAACAAAUGCUGUCGACCGUUCGCGAAUCGUCCCAGCAAGACCGACGUGUCUACGUCGGCAACCUAGCAUACGAUGUGAAGUGGCAUCACCUUAAAGAUUUUAUGAGACAGGCUGGAGAAGUUCUCUUUGCCGAUGUCUUACUACUUCCAAAUGGAAUGUCGAAGGGAUGCGGAAUUGUGGAAUAUGCUACAAGGGAGCAAGCUCAACAAGCUGUCAACACACUCAGCAACCAGAACCUCAUGGGCAGACUCGUCUACGUUCGUGAAGAUCGCGAGGCCGAACCUCGAUUUACAGCCCCUCCAACGGGAGGUCGCGGCGGAUUCGACGGCGGACCAAGGGGUGGAUUCGGGGGUAACUUUGGACCACCACAUAUGGGUGGUGGUGGUGGCGGCGGUGGCGGUCGCCAGAUCUAUGUCAACAACCUCCCUUACACUGUAGGUUGGCAAGAUCUGAAGGACCUGUUCCGUCAAGCGGCUCGUGAAGGUGCUGUCAUUCGCGCCGAUGUCCACAUCGGUCCGGAUGGCCGUCCAAAGGGCUCGGGUAUCGUUGCCUUUGAGUCUCCAAAUGAUGCUCGCAACGCUAUCCAGCAGUUCAAUGGUUACGAUUGGCAGGGCCGCCCACUGGAGGUCCGCGAGGAUCGUUUCGCUGGCAACUUCCCUCCUCGUGGCGGCUUCGGCGGUGCUCGAGGAGGCUUCGGUGGUGGCUUUGGCGGUCGCGGUGGUGCUCCAUUUGCUGGUCGUGGCGGCUUCGGCGGCGGCUUCCCAGGCCGUGGAGGCUUUGGCGGUAACUUUGGCGGCGCUCCAGGUGGUGGUGGUGGCUACGAUGCUGGCCCUGCCUCGACUGCUCCUCCUAACCCAUUCACCGAUUUUGCCACGGCUGGAACUGACAGAAAUGAGAUCAUUUAUGUCCGCAACUUGCCUUGGUCCACCAGCAAUGAGGAUCUCGUUGAGCUCUUCACUACAAUCGGCAAGGUUGAGCAGGCCGAGAUCCAAUAUGAGCCCAAUGGACGUUCGCGCGGCACUGGUGUUGUUCGUUUCGACACUGUCGACAACGCCGACACCGCCAUCUCCAAGUUCUCUGGAUACCAAUACGGUGGCCGCCCUCUUGGCCUGAGCUUCGUCAAGUACCAGACCCCCGGAAGCGCUGACGCCAUGGCCAUGGACACCGAAGCCACCGGCCUGACGCAAGACCAGAUCAUGUAAGGGGAGAUACGGAAAAUCUUCGCUAUCAUUCUUGCCUUUUCUGGCAUAUAUACAAGGUUGAAGCGAGCACGUUUGGCCAACGCCAGACAGAUUUUUCGCUAUUUUGACAUUUUUUGUCGUUCUUGUUCUUUCGAUGGGGAAUGCUGCUUUAUUUAACAAAUUGGGGGUGGGGAAUUAAGGGAAGGACACUCUUGGGAGCUCAAGGCUUGGGAGGGGGGUGUGAGGUUGUAAUCGCUGGAUUUUUUUCGUUGUAUUCAAACCAAAAAAAAAGUUUUGGUGUUCUUUAACUGGAAGUUUUGCAAUCCGCACGGCCUGGCUCUUUUUAAUUCUAGACUGCAAGGAAUCAAAUGAAAGUUGAAUCCCAAAAUGCGCGUAUACCCUUCUUGUGUGGAGAUGAAAUGUUAUCCCGGCGUAGUCAGUC